GCCAAAAGGAAGCUCCAUGGCAGCAUGCAGCAGUGCAUUGAGCUGAGCAGAAUUCGAGGACGAGUUGCAGUACGGGGCCUUAGCUAGGAAGCAGCAUUUCUUUUUGGGAAGAUAAGCUUAGUGCUUAGAACGCGCUUCGAGGAUACUAGGCAAUAACCUUGCGGUAUCUGAAAGGCAUCAUUGAGUCUCUUGCAUGGGAAGAGGUGGGUUGAGAGACAUGGACAAUGAUAUUGACAGCGGUGAGGAGGAAAACCCCGGGUCUGCGCGCAGGAUGGCUGGAGGAGACGUGGAAAGGAUCACGGCGGGGCCGAUUUUGGAGAUAGUGAUGGAGAACUUCAUGUGCCACUCAAACACGAAAGUGGAAUUGAGUCCCCGGGUCAACUUCAUCACAGGGCAGAACGGAAGUGGCAAGAGCGCCAUACUUACUGCCAUAUGCGUAACAUUUGGAGCAAGUGCCAAGAACACACAGAGGGCCUCUUCCGCGAAGGACUUCAUCAAGAAUGGGGAGCAGUACUUCAAGGUGACCGUGGUGCUCAUGAAUGAAGGCGAGGACGCUUACCAGCACCAUCUAUUUGGAGACAGGAUUAUCAUAGAGCGUCAAGUGACUGCCGCAGGAUCCAGCGGGUUCAAGCUCAAAAGCUCUGCUGGCAAGAUCGUGUACACCAAGCGGGACGAGCUUGACAAGAUGGUUGACCAUUUCAAUAUAAACGUGGAGAAUCCCUGUACUGUGAUGAGCCAGGACAAAGUCAAGCAAUUUCUGCACACCGGCAGCGCAACUGACCGCUACAAGUAUUACUUCAGCGCCACGAUGCUGGAGGGCGUGAGCGACCAGCUGCGCACAGUUACGGGCAUGGUACAGGAAGCAGAGGCGAUUCUGGAGGAGCGGAAGCGCGACCUGGUGCCGCUGAAGCGCGAGUGGGAGGCGACGGAGGCGGUGCUCAAGGAGGCGGAGCAGAUCAAGGACCUGCAGGACGAGCUGGCGCGCCUGACCGUCAACUACGCGUGGUCCUGGGUCUACAAGGUGGACGCCAGCAUCGCGGAGGCGGAGGCCACGGUGGAUGACAUCACGAACAACAAGGUGCCCGUCAUCGGCCAGAAAAUUGCCGAGGCGCAGGCCAAUCUUGACGUUGCAAAGGCGGCUCUCGAAGAAAAGAAAGCAUCUUCUGGCGACACAGACGAGACGGACCGUCUCCGAGACGAGAAGGCCAGGCUGGAAGGGGAACUGAAGGCGACGUACCAGCAGCAAGCGAGCGCCCAGAGUGAGAUCAAGCGGGCACAGACGGACAUAGCCCAUCUGGCGAGACGGCGGCAGGACCUGGAGCGGUCCAUGCAGCAGGCGCGGGACAAGAUGGAGCAGCAGACACAGGCAGAGACGUCGGAGAGGGAUCGCGAGAUUGCGGAGAAGAGGGCCCAGAUUGACGCCGCGCAACACACGUUACAGGAGAUCGAGGCCAGAGAAACUGAGGCAACGGAGGCAGCAUAUGCAAAGCGACAGGAGAUGCAGGCCUUUGGCCCCCAGAAAGGGGAGCUGGAGCAGAGACUCAACGAUGCCAACGGCUACUUGCGGCGACUCAAUUCACAACAAAAGAAUGCGGAAACGGCUUUUGGAGACAAAGUGCCGCAGCUGAAAGCCGCAAUCCAGCGGAAGCGUCGCAAUUUUUCACGUGAACCAAUCGGUCCCAUUGGGGCAGAGCUGAGCUUGACGGACGACAAGUGGAAGAUCCCGGUGGAGGAGUGCGCAGGCAAAGUGUUCAACAACUUCAUCGUCAACAGCUUCGAGGACAUGAAGCUGCUCAAGCAGUGCGCCAAGGAGGCCAACACCUUCGUCAACGUCGUCAUCUACAACUUCGACCACGCCCCGUACGCCCCGAGGCCCGACCAGCUGCCGGACGCCCGCCUGCUCACAAUACGUCACGUGCUGCAGACUGGCAACCACACGGUCAUGAACGUGCUCAUGGACCAGUGUAGCAUCGAGAGCGUGGUGCUGGCGGAGUCGUACGAGCAGGCCAAGGCGGUGGCCUUCACGCCGGGCAACAAAGUGAAGGAGGCCUACCUCGCAGACGGAACCAAGAGUUUUCUGCGGGGUCAGAGUGAGACGACGCAGUCGUACAACCCCCAGACGUCGCGCCCACCGCGGCUGGGCGUGGAUGUGCGCGAGCAGGCGCGCCAGGUGCAGGCCACCGCGCGGCAGCUCAAGGAGGAGCUCGACCAGCUCGUACAGCAGCAGCGGGGCCUGAACGACCAGUGCAACGAAGCGGAGAAGCUCGUGGCGGCGGUGAAGAGAGAGAAGGCGAAGGCGCUGCAGGCGGUGAACGGGCUGGAGCGCGACCUGUCGACCAUCGAACGGGCGGCCAAGGCUGCAGUGGACGCAGCCAAGGCCACGCCCGAGGACGAAGGUGCAGAGCUGGAGGAGGAGCUGGCGACGAUCGACGCGGAUCGGGCGGAGCUGGAGGCGCCGCUGCCGGACCUGCAGCGGCAAGCCGCGGAGGCAGCAGACAAGACGCGGCAGCUCAAGCAGGACCUGGCAGCGCUCACCGAGAAAGCCACUGCGUUUGCGGACGCCGCGGAGGAGGCUCUCCGAGAGAUCUACACCGCAGAGAAAGAGGUCAAGAAAGCCGAAAAGGCUGUGGAGCACUACCAGCAGCUGCUGCCGGGCCUGAACCGCGACCUGGAGGCCGCAGAAGCCAAGGUCGCGCAGGAGAAGGCCAGCAGAGAGCAAAUCCUGCCGCAAGCUGAGGAGCUGUGCCCCGAGAGCGACGUGACGGAGCGGUUCACCAACCCGGACAAGGUGAAGGCCAAGAUGGACCGCAUGGACAAGAAGAUCAAGGCGCAGGAAGCGAGGAACGGCGGCACCCUGGACGAGCUGCACAAGCGGUGCAAGCGGGCCCAGAAGAAGUUCGUGCGCCUCAAAAAGUCGAUCGACAACGUGGCCGCUCCGCUCCAGACGCUUCAAGAGGGGCUAAGAAAACGGCAGAAAAAGCUGAGCAAAAACGCCAAGCUGUACAAGCAGGAGAUCAGCUGGAGCUUCAACAGCAACCUGCACAAGAAGGGCUUCACGGGCAAGGUGGACGUGGACUAUAGCGCCAUGAAGCUCACUCUCGAGGUCACCACCGCCGACGGCUCCAACCAGGCCGUCACCGACACGCGCGCACUCUCAGGCGGCGAGCGGUCCUUCUCCACGGUUGCUUUUGCCCUGGCGCUGCAUGACCUGUCCGAGUCGCCCUUCCGGGCGAUGGACGAGUUCGACGUCUUCAUGGACUCGGUCAACCGGAAGCUCAGCCUGCAGACUGUGGUCGACUUUGCCGUCAAGCACAAGUCGCAGUGGAUGUUUAUCACCCCGCACGACAUCAGGGACGUGAAGCCUGGGCCCUACGUGAAAAUUCAGCAGAUGCAUGCACCACGGCCCUGAUUGAUGCAAUAAACGUUCACGGAUUGUACUUCACUAGGUCAGCCUUAAAAUAUUCGGGCAAUCGGUUACUACAUGCGGGCCCGGCCAUAAAGGGAUUGAUUGGUGACCAUACAUUGCGCAAACGGACUCGCUUUGAGUUGCUGUGAGUCAAGCAAGUUCUGAAGCCGAUUUGGUCUGGCUAUUGCGUGACGCGCAUGCAUGCCGAAGUCCAAUUGCAAAGGCCACACCCAGGGUAAGUUUGCAUGCCCCCUACACUUCAAAACCU